AUGAUAGAUAAUGACAAUGAUAAAGCACAGAAUACAAAGCCGAAUCGGUCGCUGCCCAGAAUAACAUCGCCCGCGCACUUCCGUUCAGUCUCAAGGGUGAAUGCGACAAGAACAACCAAAAGAACAUGGAACGUGAGAACACUGAACGCGUGUGUCACGGUCCAUGAACUGACAUACGAGCUGGAGCGCAACCGCUGGGAAAUCAUCGGACUAGCCGAGUUUAGGUUGCCUGGAUUCGGAGAAACAUCAACAGACGAAGGACAUAAGAUAUUGUUCAGCGGUGAGGAUUCUAUACAUCGCCAGGGGGUUGCUUUCAUUGUUAGGAAGGAGGUAGUCAACAGCGUCAUCAGUUGCACCCCAGUCUUCAGCAGAAUCAUUUCCAUCCUUAUAUCAGCGAAACCGCAUUACAUCACAAUCAUCGAGAUCUACGCACCAACAGCUGACUACAAAGACGAUGAGAUUAAACAGUUCUAUGAAGAAUUAGAGCGCAUCAUAUUCAAGGUCCCCAAGAGAGACAUACUCAUUGUCUAUGGCGACUGGAACACCAAGACUGGACCAGACCAAUACUAG